AAUCUCCAUUUUGAAUGUUUUUAUGGUUUAGGGUUUUAUGGUACGCCUCUUUUCUCAUGGCCGAAGACGAGUAAAUUGUCUGGAUUAACCAGAUGGUGUUAUGAAUUCGGACUAAAACGCUGGACGAUAUCCGAGCUGCGAUCUUCUCACGCAGCUUGCGAUUUGUCUUGCUCUUCUGCAACGACCUCAGACUGCGGUGAAGGCGAAGGCUUUGGUGUUGUUGCUAAUCGCUAACAGCAGAAACGUCCAAACAAAACAAUGUCAGAUGAUGCAACAAAUCAAAACAGGACCGUAAAUACCACAAGAAAUGCAAGAUGGAUCAAGGAGGACUGAAUAAUGGCGCCAAGAGAGAUGAUCAUUUGAAUACGUUGGAUUACAGCAACAGCCCAGUCGAGGGAAUUUUACGAAGCGGAAUACAAAGCGCCAUGUCUGUCGCCCCCACCUCGCUGGUUCCUCAAACCAAUCCGCUGAUGCAGCCGGUUUCCGGGGACCUUCCUAAUGGCCUGAGCAACUCGCCCACUCUGGAGGAGCACACCACCUCCGUGCCCUCCACCCUUGGCAUCUUUGGGGAAGAUUCAGAGCUCAAAGUGUUUGGGAAGGAGCAGAGGGCUCAGCAACACCAGACCCUGGGAGCUUUCACUUUGGGAGACAGUUUCUUAGGUCUGGAGGCCAGCAUUGCAGACCUCAAUAGCACUUCCCCUUCAGUGGACUCCCUGAUUGGUGGAGUCGACCCCAAUCUCUUUCCUUUAAAAACUGAGGACUUUUCCCCCAUGGAUAAAGGCGAUAUGUACUUUGACCAAGAUUCCUUUGGGCCCAUUGGGAAAGAUGUUGAUGUCGGCAAUCAUAAGCUCUUUAGUGACAACACUCUGGACCUCCUGCAGGACUUCGAGUUGGACGGAUCGCCUUCCGAUUUCUACGUGGCGGAUGACGCGUUCCUCUCCACCAUAGGUGAAGAUGCUUUGCUCGGAGACUUGCCGACAAAUACGGAGAGGGACUCAAAGGUUGCGGUCAAUGGCGAGACCUCCACUUCCAGCCCCUCCAGCAUCAACACGGUCACCACCAGCACCAUCUUGUCCACUGUGAAGGUGGAGAAGGACUCUAUAAUCCAGCUGUGCACUCCUGCGGUCAUCAAACAGGAGAACAACGGUGGGACUAACUACUGUCAGGCGAGUCUGCACAGCACAGCCAUUAACAUUUGUGGCGUCACCACUUCAAGUGGACAGAGCUUCCUAUUUGGGACCGGCCCAUCCACAGCUGCUGUCAGUCAGCAGAAAGAUCAGAAGCCCGUCUUUAACCUGUACACUCCUAUGACCUCUUCAGAAGACGGUUGGGGCAGGGGCCAUGGCUUUGGGAAUGCAAGUGAAAUGCAGCAGAGGGCCAGCGAAUGCUUUUCCAAAAACUACACAAGCCCCUAUGCCAGACUUGAAGGCAGCACUGCCACAUCCUCAGCUGCUGGGAAGUCCGGCACACACAAGAGCUGUCUUGUGUGCUCCGAUGAAGCUUCAGGCUGCCAUUAUGGAGUCCUCACCUGCGGAAGCUGUAAAGUCUUCUUUAAGAGAGCAGUUGAAGGGCAACACAAUUACCUGUGCGCUGGACGAAACGAUUGCAUCAUUGACAAAAUCCGCCGGAAGAACUGCCCUGCCUGUCGUUACCGCAAAUGCCUCAUGGCAGGCAUGAACCUAGAGGCCCGUAAAACCAAGAGGGGCCGUCAAACCGGCAAGGUAAUCCAGCAGCCGUCGAUUCCAGAGCGCAGUCUUCCUCCGCUGCCAGAAGUCCAGGCAUUGGUGCCCAAACCCAUGCCUCAGGUGGUGCCCACCAUGCUGUCACUGCUAAAGGCCAUCGAGCCGGACACCAUCUACGCUGGAUACGACAGCACCAUCCCUGACACCUCCACCCGCCUCAUGACCACUCUGAACCGUCUGGGCGGCCGGCAGGUCAUCUCUGCGGUCAAAUGGGCCAAAGCUCUGCCAGGGUUCCGGAACCUUCACCUGGAUGAUCAGAUGACCCUCCUGCAGUGUUCCUGGCUGUUCCUCAUGUCCUUCGGACUCGGUUGGAGGUCAUACCAGCAGUGCAAUGGAAACAUGCUGUGUUUCGCACCAGACCUGGUCAUCAAUGAAGAAAGGAUGAGGUUGCCCUACAUGACUGAUCAGUGUGAACAGAUGCUGAAGAUCUCCAAUGAGUUUGUGAGACUGCAAGUGUCCAACGAGGAGUACCUGUGCAUGAAAGUCCUUCUGCUCCUGAGCACAGUGCCGAAGGAUGGUUUGAAGAGCCAGUCAGUGUUUGAGGAGCUACGAAUGUCUUACAUUAAAGAACUGGGCAAAGCCAUUGUGAAGAGAGAGGAGAACUCCAGCAAGAACUGGCAACGAUUCUAUCAGCUAACUAAGCUACUGGACUCCAUGCACGACAUGGUGGGUGGACUCCUGAACUUCUGUUUCUACACCUUUGUGAAUAAAUCCCUCAGCGUGGAGUUUCCCGAAAUGCUGGCGGAGAUCAUCAGCAACCAGUUACCAAAAUUCAAAGCUGGGAGUGUCAAAUCGCUGCUGUUUCACCAGAAGUGAAACUCCUCCCAGCAGCAGGACACGAUGCCUUAAACGUCCACCCCGUCCCCUCACUCCCACUCCAUCGGGACAGCAGAGGGAGGCGGAGGCGUGUGAGAGAGAGAGGACUGUAUGCAACCCAGCACACAACUCCAUGAUUGACCACAGUACAGUCGGAGGAAGAGACGGGUAAUUAGAGGUUGUAAAAAGCUAACAAACGGCUGAACUGUUGAAAUGACAUAACCACGAAUCUCAUGGAUAGAUUAUCCCAUACACGUCGUCUCAGGUGUUUGACUCCCAGCAUCAACUAUUAUUAGUAGAAGAAAGCUAAUAAAGGUCACUUACUACAUACAGUAUGUAGAGUUGCACACGAUGCAGCACUUACGCAGUCCAAUAUGCGCAGAUUAUGCGCAGAUUAUAUAGUAAGUAUCCUACUUUUUAACUUCAGAUGAUAAAAGUUUGAAAUAAUCAUUUCAAUAAUAUGUAGAGAUAAUGGCUUCAGCUUGGUUUGAAAUGAAAUACGUUUUGUAUGACACCAUAUAUCUUCAGUUUUAAAACGACUCAUGUCAUUAACAGAGUUACAUAUAUACAGAAAAAGGGAAAAUAUGUGCCUUUUUAUUUUAUUUUUUUUAAGCUUCUUUCCCUGUUUUGACUCGUCCGCACCAGACAUCUGGCACUUCUUCUUCUUCAUAGCUGAUUGUACUUUUAUACCCACUUGCACUUGUAAUUUAAAAAACGGCCAUUCUUUUUUUUUUGGCAGCUCUUUAAUCAUUAGUGGGAACUUCAAAAAAGUGAUCCUUAUCGCGGAGAUGAGUCUUGACGAUAAUUUUUACGCUGAGAAAUGCAAAUCGAGCACUUUCACUCCUUGUAAAUGCUUUAAAGGGGCUGGUUUAGGUUUGUUCUGCAGCGAAGGUGUAUUUGUGUCUAAGAAAGCCAUUUAUUGUUAAUUUCACCUGUUAAUUCAUAUAGGAAUUAUGCAAUGUGAAACAUGAAUUUUUGUCAGUUUUGUUUUUAUGUGUGUCAUAUUUGUUCCUUAGCAAUGCCACAUUAUUCAACCAAAACAAUGAAUGCAGAUUACAGUACCUAUACCAUUUAUACAGACAGAUGAUUUGAAUUGUCAGAUACAGUACAAUCACACUUAGCUACACCAAACAUCAACUCAGGCCCACUUCAUUUAUAUUUGCUGUACUCUAGAUCCUGUAUGACAGUGUACAUUUCUAAUUUUUUUUUUUUAGGUCCAGACUAAUCCAUAUUAAACUAACCUUGACCUGUCUUGGUUUAAUCAGUCAAACUGUGGUGUAAGUGCAGGGUUUGAACUCUCUGGGAAUUUCUACUCGCCUGUAUUGUUGCAAUCUGUUAUUUUUGUGCCAAACAUAUAUUGCUUUCAGUUUGUACAAUCUAAAACUGUGCUCGUCUUAACAGUUGUCAAAGGUUUAUAUAUAUAUAUAUACAGUAUAUAUUCAAGAGGGGGAAAAAGAGAGGAUCAGAAUAUUUUACAGUUCUUCUGUGGAAGCUUAAUACAUCUUGUUUAAUACACAAAUAAAAAAUCUCCAGCUUCAGACUGCUUAGCAUUGCAUUUGUGUGGUACAGAUUUAGCGAUCAACACUCGUUUUCAAAUUCUAAUCGAUAUCUGAGCAGCACUUUUCUCUUCGCUCUUCCGUUCCUACAGAUAUACAGUAUCUCACAGAAGUGAGUACACCCCUCACAUUUUUGUCAAUAUUUUAUUAUAUC